UUUGGUCUUUAUAAAUACUAUUCCAAUCUCAAACGAAAGGUUGUUUUGUCUCUUUUCUCUUUCUUCUUCAUCUUCAACUUCAUCUUCAUCUUCAUCAUCCUCUCCAAUCAUUUCUGGUCUAUUCGAUUCAUCAGUUAAUUUGUUCUUGCUAACAUUACCGUAAGAAGUUCUUUUGAUCUUUGCUGUUGUGUUUGGAUUCGAGCAUGACUACAAGAUUCAAAGGUCUUUAUAACAAGAGCUUCAAGUGUUUCUCCGACAUUUUUGAUGUGGAGGAAGAAGAGAUGGAAAUUGGAUAUCCAACAGAUGUUCGACACGUGUCACAUAUUGGUUGGGAUAGUUCAUCGAGUAGUGCACCUAGUUGGCUUCAUGAAUUCAAGACGAGCAAUAACGUUUUAGAGCCAAACUCAUCGUGGCCAUUUCAAGAUUUAAAAUCAGCGAUGGAAGCAUUUGGAGAAGUUGAGAGCAGCAAAGAGAUUGAAAGAGAAUCAACAAAACAAAACCUGAAGAAGAAACUCUCUUCAAAAGCUUCUCUAUUGUGUAAUUCUUGGUCACCAAGAUUCUCAAGAUCAAGCAAGGUCCUUGCUUAAAAUUAUUUUUCAUUUUUAAUUUGUCAUGCCAUUGUUUAUAUAAUAAUAAUACAUAUAUAGCGAAUAUAGUGAGAGAUCAAUCUUAAUGAUU